CCUUCCACAACAUUCUUCGCCUACAUAUUCACCUACUCCUCAUCUUCCCCUACAAACUCUAGUCUCUUAGCUUCCCCUCCAAAUGGCUCCCAAGCCCCAAGCCAUCUUCCUCCUCUUGUCCUUACUCCUAUCAUCUGUUAUGGCCUACAAUGUCACACAGAUCCUUGAGCCAUUCUCUGAUUUUGCUACCUUCAACAACUACCUUACACGAACCAAACUUGCCGAUGAGAUCAAUCGCCGCCAAACAAUCACCGUUCUUGUUGUUGAUAACUCCAAAAUGUCUGCUCUCUCAUCCCUCGACGUUGAAACUCUUAAGCAUGUCAUGGCUGUACAUGUCAUCCUUGACUAUUAUGAUGAAAAUAAGCUCAGUCAUAUUUCCAACAAUAGUGCUCUUCUCACCACUCUCUUCCAAACCACCGGCAUCGCAAAAAAUAAUUUAGGGUUCUUAAAUGUCACCAGAAAGCCUAAUGAAGCGAUGCUCUUUGGGUCAGCGUUUCAGAAGGCCCCUCUCAGCUCCACUUUCAGCAAGGUAAUUAUAACUAUGCCUUAUAACAUAUCAAUUCUCCAAAUUUCCGAUCCAAUCGUCCCACCUGGUAUUGGGGGUGCAAAGAAAACAUCAUCAUCUAUGGCACCAAAAAAUGCUCCAGCUCUGGCACCAGUAGCUAAACCAGCGAAGUCAACAGCAAAUGCACCGGCUCCUAUUGAAAAGUCAAUGACUGAUGCUCCUGUGGAAGCUCCCAAUGCAGUUGAUAGCCCUGCAGCUGCUCUAAAGGCAAAUGCAUCUAAACCAACUUCAGAUGCACCUGUAGCAUCACCCACCCCUCCCAGAAAAGUUGCAAAUAUGUCUGCAUCCAGUUCUUCAGCAAGCCGAUUGGUAGUCGAUUCCAUCGUUGGGCUUGUCAUUGGUGUUGUUCUCUUGGUUGCUUUCUAGAAUGGCUUAGCAUGUAAGGAUUGUUGAUUUUGGUGUAUUGUAUCUUUAUUUUUUUUGAUGUAAGGAUUUUU